CUCUCUCUCUCUCUCUAUCCCCCCGCGAGUGGUGUUCGUGUUUAACGUGUGCUCUUCUAUCUGCGACGUUAUUAUUUUUUCUCUCUUUCUCUCUCUCUCGCGUCGCGAAAAGUGUUGCUCAUCGUGGCGUAUCGAGAAAAGACGUCCUUGUCGCGAAGAGACGCUUCGUGUGUAUCGCGCUUCCAUGAAUUCCAAGCUGGCCGUUGGACGCUUGAAAUUGGGGACCAAGGACUUUUCUUAAAGACGAUGGCAUAAUGGAUCAUGACACAGACGGAGACGGAGCGAUCAACUUGUCAACGUCACAGCGACCCUCCGCCGCCACCACCCCUAACGGCGACACCCCCUCGUACGGCCAAGAUCAACAAGACAACGACCAGGCUACUUCGCUGUUUGCAGCCCUGAAGCAGCAACAACAGCAACAGCAACCGCGCGACACUGUCCCCUCGUCGAGGGAGCGCGAGAAUCGAGAUCGAGAUCGACUGGUGGCCCGUAACCGUGAGAACAACCGAAACGAGAUAGGUGGCGGCGUGACGGAACAAUCGCAGCCAACGCAGCAACAACAGCAGCAGCAACAGGAGCUCACGAUCGAGUAUCAGAGCAAUGGAAAGCUCAGUCCCGCUGGGCACGCAGUGACAGCAGCACCCAUGACCCAGCAAAAGCAGCCUAUCAUCACGCAGCAAUCGCAACAGCCGAGCUCGGGGGCGCCUGGUCCCCAACCGAGUCCUCAUCAGAGUCCGCAGGCCCCUCAGAGGGGUUCACCGCCAAAUCCUUCGCAGGGUCCCCCGCCGGGAGGGCCGCCAGGGGCACCACCUUCGCAAAAUCCCUCGCAGAUGAUGCUCAGCCCGGCUAGCGGCAUCCACCAGAUGCAACAACUGCUGCAACAACACAUACUCAGCCCCACCCAACUGCAAUCCUUCAUGCAGCAACACUCGCUCUAUUUACAACAGCAACAACAGCAACAUCACCAGGAUUCCUCGUCGGAGCAUGCGUCCAAUCAGGAACGAUUCGGCUACUUUUCGUCCCUUAAAGACCAUCAACACCAGUUCGCCGAGCUGGGCAGGAAGAAGCUGGAGCAGGCGAUACAGCAACUGCAGGAACAGUUGCAGUUGAACGUGAUCCAGCAGACGCAUCUGUUGCAAACGGCGGACAAGAAGAAGGCGUCCGCCCCGCUUCAACAAUUGGCGCUUCAACAGCAACGUCUGAUACAGCAAUUGCAGAUCACGCAGAGCCAAUAUCUUCUUCAACAGGGUCUGGGUCUUCAGGGUCACAAUCCUUCUUCAGGUCUCCAACCUGGCGAAGGACUACCAAUGUGGAAAUCGGACACGUCGGAUGGUCCGGAAUCGCAUCAGAACUCGAACGUUCCGAAAUCCGUGGCUGGACUCAAUGGACUUCUCAAUUCGACAGUGUCGAGUCGGCGGUCGGAUAUGAACGGAACCACUCCAUUGGACGAGAAACCGCUGGACGUUUCCUCCAACGACAAGGUUCAUCCCCUGUACGGUCAUGGGGUCUGUAAGUGGCCGGGCUGUGAAGUUAUUUGUGAAGACUAUCAAGCAUUCCUUAAACACUUGAACACGGAGCACACGCUGGACGACAGAUCGACGGCGCAGGCCAGGGUUCAGAUGCAAGUGGUCUCGCAACUGGAGAUCCAAUUGCAGAAGGAGCGGGACCGGUUAACCGCUAUGAUGCAUCACCUGCACGUGGCGAAACAAAUGGCUUCCCCCGAGCCGCCAAAGUCGUCCGAGUCAUCGACGGGCUCGAGUAUACCAAAGUUAAAUCUCUCCACCGCUCUGAUGAGCCAGCCACCACCGAAUUUCGGUGUCUCUCAAGUGUCUCCCGUCUCGAUGUCCGCUUUGGUGUCAGCGGUCAGGUCGCCAGCAGGUGGACAACUGCCACCUUCGGCCGGAGCGCCUAUGCCGCCCAUUCCCAACAUGUCCAACAUGUCGGGGAUGCCUCCGUUGCCGAACAUGCCUGGUAGCAUGCCCACCAUGCCUACCAUGCCCAGCAUGGCGGGGCCCAUCAGACGACGUAUCAGUGAUAAAUCCGCCCUCUCCUUGGCAGGAGGACUGUAUGACGAGGGCACUGUAAGGCGCAGAGUAGCCGUCGAUAGAUCUGGAAUAGAUAUUAACGAAGAAAUUCAACGAAAUAGGGAAUUUUACAAGAAUGCCGAUGUCAGACCGCCGUUUACAUACGCAUCAUUAAUUAGACAGUCGAUCAUCGAGUCGCCGGAUAAACAGUUGACCUUGAACGAGAUCUACAACUGGUUCCAGAACACAUUCUGCUACUUCCGGCGCAACGCAGCAACGUGGAAGAACGCGAUCCGCACCAAUCUAUCAUUGCACAAGUGUUUUGUGCGCUAUGAGGACGACUUCGGGUCAUUCUGGAUGGUGGACGACGCCGAGUUCGUAAAGCGGCGGCAUCUGUCCCGCGGCCGCCCCAGGAAAUAUGACCCAACCCCAUCACCCACUCCACCCCACCUCUCCGCACAGUAAGCACUACCACUUUUUAGAAUUCUGCUGGCUGGCUGGCGCGACGUUCUGACCUUACCGCGGUAUUCUCUUGUAACGCGGCGACCGGGACGUUUUCGCUUGGUCGUUGCCUAAAUAAACGAACCACUAAACGCCCCUCUCGAACCUGCUGCCUUUGUCGUUCAGAUCGCGCGAAUCGAAUCGCCUUCUAUUUCCUUUCAUUUCGUUCAUCGUACCAAAAUAACGAUAAUUAUUCUCUACUUUAACCGUGUUAAAAACACUUGUCACUCGUAGGAAUACUGGAUAAAAUCGAAGAAGAAAGCGCGAAUGUGAAAUUUCGCCGAGUUACGUUGCGUGCUCGAUGUCAAACGACUCGUCGUACUACUUGUUGUACGAUUGUACUGGAUCGCUUCGUUUAGAAUUCUUCGCGAUGGAAUUUCGCGUUACGAUUAAUGAGGAAAUGACUUCCAAGGCAGCAGGGAGUGGCUCUAAGCAGUUUAUCCAAUCCUCCAGGAAACGAAUUCCGCAUCAUGCCUGCCUCGAAUACCUCUUAGAAUCCGUCUCCUUCAUAAACCGGAUAAGUAGUACCUGUUCAACCUUCCUUGAUCUUCAUCAGAGGUGCGCGAUAUAUCAUAGAAGAAUGUAUAUUUCUUCUAUAUAACAACGUAAUUUCUUGGUUAAUUUAGCCUGGAUGAAAAAGAGAAGGGAAUGUCGGUAGAAUCCAAUGUAAGCGUAAGGGAACAGGGAAUUUCGUCCAAUUAAAAUUUGCAGCUCCAGCUUGUUAACGGUUAAAUCUGCGCACCUCUGCUUGUGACGUCCAAAACAGCCCCCUCAUAUAGUACAUUCCCGUAUACGUCUCACUAGUACCGUAGCCCGAGGCUCUAGCACACCCGAGAGAGCUUAAAUCCUGGACGAUCCUGCAGGAGCCCAGCCACAGGACGAUUGGUCCGUGCUGCAGGAUCUCUGAUGUGUUUAGUGGUUGCUCGCAUGGAUAAUCAAGGAUCCUAAUAUUCGUUCCCAUAAGAAUUUAAAAAAAANAAAAAAAAAACAAAAAGAAAAAUAUGUGAGAAAAAAUACUGGAAAAAAAAAAUUCCCCGUAAGACUAUCCUUACCACUGAAAAAAGAAAACACUGCGCUUAUAAUUGUAUGGUGCUUAUGUAGUGGCGUUUGCAGUGUCUUGGGA